AUGGCCAGCACAUCUAUCUCUACUCUUGACAUCCGCGACAGUUGCGUUAUCGCCGAGCCCGUCUUGGUGGAUCCCUUUGUUGCGGGGUCUGCGAACCUCUUUCCAAAAAUGCCCAGUGGCAUCACGGAUGGAUCUUGGGAGCUUUGGGAGUUUGAAGCCUUCAGCAAUGAUGGUGAUACCGCUGUAGGCGUCUCGCUGUACCGCGAUGUGCGUGGCCUAGACCAAGAUGGCUUCCACGCCGAGCUCAACGCCAUCUGGCCGGACGGCAGCAAGUGGGGUGAGACGCUGUACUUCGCGAAAUCUAUCAUCACUGCCGAAGGCAGUGUUUAUUCGCACGAGGGGCGAGUAGAUGGGGUCUGGAAGUCUCGAAAUGGCCCCGAUGCACAUGAAGGGGAAACCACAAGGACAAUAAGCUUCACAAUUUCGCCAGACCUCUCUUCUGCAAUAGUUCGCUUCUUUGUACCGGGUUUUGUAUCUGGAACAAUGACGCUGCACAGCAUUUUGAGCUUGACCAACAACCAAAAGACGAGCUUGCCGGCGACGGAAGAAGCCGCACUCCUAUAUCCCUCUGUAUAUUACACGUUUCCUAUGGGGCCCGAGACUGCGACCGUGGACCUCACAUUCACCGUCAGGGCUGAUAGCGAAGGGGAACGCAAACUUUACAUUGGCGCGGAAAAUGAUGGUCACGGUGGCAUGGUACGUGGCUGGUCUCCCCACGCCUGGCCACAGUUCAUGACCGAGGCAUACUACACCGUUGCCCAUAUCGGGCCCUACAUGUUGCAGCUAAUACGAAUCGUCGGUUCGGCCGCCGCUAGCCAUAAGCCCUUUGCCGUCGCCCGACUUUAUCGUGACCACAACCUUGUGUGCGCUGCAAAUAGCGUUCUCGAUGACACAGCAGCAGAGGGACCGGCAGUCGAGGACACAGUCCGAGUCAAAAAGAUUCUACCGGAAUCAAACGAACAGGCGACAGGCCUCGCCGGUGCUUUUCGCGACAAAAACGUGGGCUACAUCAUCGAGUUUAGUUCUACACAACGACAGUGCCAUUGGCAAUUCGAAGGACGUCACAAACGCGCCUGGUGGAGUGAGCCGACGAGUGCCCCCGGUCCGGACGGCACCGGCAAGUCCGGGUGGGUCGAGGCGUUCGUCGGAGGGUCACCGGGGGAGAAAUUCAACGGGACAGGGGUAGGCGGCCAGCUGCAGAUUCCAGUGCAUUGA